AUGGCGGAGGCCCAGCAGGCAUCCUCAGCCAAUCGGAGGCUAGCUCAGCAAAUGGCAAACAGACCUACCGCAGGCAGCACUGAAAAUCAAAAAGGCUUGAAGCAGCGUUUGGGUAGGACUAAUGUGAAGGCCAGGUUAAAUCUGAGUGCUGUCAGAGGGCGGGGCCGUGGAGGGGGUGGUGGAUUCAACAGAGGACAGAGGGGUGGAGGACGAGGACAGAGAGGUGGAUCCAGGGGCGGACCGGGCGGAGACGCAAUGAGUCCUAGAG